GUUUUGUCUCAGUUUCAUGUUUCUUGUUGUAUGGAUCACUGAUUGAAAAAUAGAUGGCCUUACCUCGUCUCACAGGAGCCUUGCGCUCCUUUUCAAAUGUCACCAAGCAAGAUAAUUAUAAUGAAGAAGUGGCUGACUUAAAGAUAAAGCGAUCCAAACUUCAUGAACAAAUGUUAGAUUUGGACCUGACAUGGAAGAAGAUAGUAAAAUUUUUGAAUGAAAACCUGGAAAAGAGUAAAAUGCAAAGUGUAAAUGAAGACUUAAAGGAUAUAUUACAUGCUGCAAAACAAAUAGUUGGAACGGAUAAUGGAAGAGAAGCAAUUGAAAGUGGGGCUGCAUUUCUCUUCAUGACAUUUCACUUGAAGGACUGUGUUGGUCACAAGGAGACAAAAGCUAUCAAACAGAUGUUUGGUCCCUUUCCAUCAUCAUCUGCUACUUCAGCUUGUAAUGCUACUAAUCGAAUUAUUUCUCAUUUUAGUCAAGAUGAUCUUACUGCUCUUGUCCAGAUGACAAAAGAGGAAUAUAGUGAUAGGGGUUUUUUUGGCAAAAACUUAGCAUUUUCAUUUGACAUGCAUGACUUGGACCACUUUGAUGAACUGCCAGUAAAUAGUGAAGCCCAGAAAACUAUAAGCCUAGAUUACAAAAAGUUUCUGAAUGAACAUUUUCAGGAGCAUUGCAUCCCGGAGCUCAAGGCUGUGGAAAAAACAAAUGGCUCCUUUUUGUGGUGUGAAGUAGAGAAGUACUUAAAUACAACUUUGAAGGAAAUGACUGAAGUACCAAGAGUCGAAGAUCUUUGCUGUACCUUGUAUGAUAUGCUUGCUUCUGUUAAAAGUGGUGAUGAACUUCAGGACGAGCUGUUUGAACUGCUGGGACCUGAAGGACUUGAACUUAUUGAGAAGCUCCUCCAGAACAGAAUUACAAUUGUGGAUAAAUUUCUUAAUUCUUCAAAUGAGAAGUUUCAAGUUCUUCAGGACAAUUGCAAAAAAAUUUUAGGAGAAAAUGCUAAACCCAAUUAUGGUUGUCAAGUCACUAUUCAGUCUGAACAAGAAAAGCAGUUAAUGAAGCAAUAUCGCCGUGAAGAAAAAAGAAUUGCCAGACGAGAAAAAAGGGCUGGAGAAGAUUUAGAAGUUUCAGAAGGACUUAUGAGCUUUGAUCCCAAGGAAUUACGGAUACACAGAGAGCAGGCACUUCUGAAUGCUAGAAGUGUUCCAAUUCUGAGCAGACAGAGAGACAUGGACAUUGAAAAAAUACGUUAUCCCCAUGUUUAUGAUUCCCAGGCUGAAGCCAUGAAAACAUCAGCAUUCAUUGCUGGUGCAAAGAUGAUUUUACCAGAAGGAAUCCAAAGAGAAAAUAACAAGCUUUAUGAAGAAGUAAAGAUUCCCUACAGUGAACCAAUGCCAGUUGGCUUUGAGGAAAAGCCAGUUUAUAUCCAAGACUUAGAUGAGAUCGGCCAGCUGGCUUUUAAAGGAAUGAGGAGACUCAAUAGAAUCCAGUCAAUAGUGUUUGAAACUGCCUACAACACCAAUGAGAACAUGCUGAUUUGUGCCCCUACUGGAGCUGGAAAGACCAACAUUGCGAUGCUUACAGUCUUGCAUGAAAUUCGCCAACAUUUUCAACAAGGUGUUAUCAAAAAGAAUGAAUUUAAGAUUGUAUAUGUUGCUCCAAUGAAAGCCUUGGCAGCUGAAAUGACGAAUUACUUCAGCAAACGUCUAGAGCCACUGGGCAUCAUUGUAAAAGAAUUGACUGGUGAUAUGCAGUUGUCAAAAAGUGAAAUUUUACGAACUCAG